AUUAAACACCAAAAACAUUUCACAAAAACUCCAAAAAGAGUGAAAAACCACUACAUUUUCAUCUUCCAUAUCAUCACCAAAUCCAUAUCUAUAUCUAUAUAGUCUAUACAUAUACAUUCAUUCAUUGAAUAUACAAAUACAUUUUCAUCCUCCAAAACUUAAUCACCAUGGAUUUACACAUCUAUGGUGCAUUAAACAUCAUUAUAACAAUAAUAUUUCUACUAUCACCAAAAAAUGUAUACUCAUUCCAUGAACAACAAAACAACAACAUCAUCAAACAAACCACAAAACAAAUCAACUCAAAUUCAGUUCUUGUCGCCUUGUUAGAUUCACACUACACCGAACUAUCAGAGCUAAUUGAAAAAGCACUUCUGUUACAAACAUUAGAACAAGCCGUUUCUCGAAAUAAUAUUACAAUAUUUGCACCAGAUAAUAUAGUACUUCAACAACACAUUGACCCGGAAUUCAAGCGGUUUUUACUAGAACCACGAAACUUGAAGUCUUUGCAAAAUCUAUUGCUUUAUCAUAUUGUGCCGACCCGAGUUGGGUCUUUGGAUUGGCCUAUUGAUAUUGUUAAUGUGAACCAAAAAACGUUAAACCAAGUGGAUGAUCAUUUACCUUUGACCCGAACAAAAUCGGGUCAAAAAGUUGUCGGUGGGUUAGCUAGAGUAACCCGUCCGGAUGACGUCAUUCGCCCGGACGGGUUAAUUCAUGGGAUAGAAAGGUUGUUAGUACCCCGUUCGGUUCAAGAAGAGUUUAACCGAAGAAGGAGCUUGAGUUCAAUAUCCGCGGUUUUGCCGGAAGGAGCACCAGUGGUGGAUCCAAGGACCCACCGCUUGAAAAAACCAGCUAGCGUUACACCAGCUGGUUCUCCACCGGUGCUCCCUAUUUAUGACGCGAUGGCACCGGGUCCAUCGCUGGCGCCCGCGCCAGCUCCAGGACCCGGUGGCGCUCGUCGUCAUUUUGAUGGGGAGAGUCAGGUUAAAGAUUUUAUUCAGACAUUAGUUAUGUAUGGCGGGUAUAAUGAGUUGGCUGAUAUUUUAGUGAAUUUAACAUCAUUAGCAACUGAAAUGGGGAAAUUGGUAUCAGAAGGAUAUGUUUUAACUGUGUUGGCACCAAAUGAUGAAGCCAUGGCUAAGUUGACUACUGAACAAUUGAGUGACCCGGGUGCGCCUGAACAAAUAAUGUAUUAUCAUAUAAUACCUGAAUAUCAAACCGAAGAAAGUAUGUAUAAUUCUGUUAGGCGGUUUGGUAAGGUGAAAUACGAUACGCUUCGUCUGCCGCAUAAGGUUGCAGCAGAGGAAGCGGAUGGGUCGGUUAAGUUCGGUUUUGGAGAAGAGUCUGCGUAUUUGUUUGACCCGGAUAUUUACACCGAUGGACGGAUAUCGGUGCAAGGGAUUGAUGGAGUUUUGUUUCCGGUGACAGAAUCACCGGAAACAGAUCAGAGUAAGGUGGCACCGACAACGGCGCCACCGAAGCUUGUCUCCAAGCAGCGAAGAGGGAAAUUAAUGGAAGUGGGCUGUACAAUUGCUGGAGCAUUUGGACAUAGUUGUUGAUUAUUCAAUUUUAUAUCCUUUCAAAGUAUAAAUAUAGAAAAAUGAAAAGGGAGAAAAAGACAUCAAACACAGAGAUGGACAGAAAGUGUUAAUUAGGAAUAUUCUGUCCAAAUACCACAGAUUAAAGGAAAGUGGACGGUGCAGGUUCAUUUCCCCAAAGAUGAACAAAGUUUGCUAUUUCUUGUUUGUUGAUAUACAUAAUUUUUUAAUUUUUUUAUUAUAAAUAUUAUCCAUACUGUAAUUAAGGCUCACUAUAUAAAUGAUUUUUUGAUGUAUUUAUUUUUGUUUUUGUAUAAAAAUACCAUCUUCCACUCUC